GUCCCUGGCAACCGCCGCCGCGUGAGGAGAACAAGAAUGGGUGAAGCGGGAAAUUGGAGAGGGCCGGCCUCUGCCCCGCCACCUGACCCCAUCGUUCCCGGCCCCGGCUCCCCGGAGCUCGGACCGGGCCUGCCGGCCUCGCUUUUGGAGCUGUCCCGGCCACUAGCCAGGAGACGCAGGGAAAUGACCGAGGCGGCUCCGGUUCGGGUCCCUAUACAGUUUGAGGAUGUGGCCGUGUAUUUCUCAGAACCAGAAUGGAAGAAUCUGGACAGUUGGCAGAAGGAGCUUUACAAGCAUGUAAUGACAGUCAAUUAUGAGACGCUGUUCUCCUUAGACUCUGCCAUUCCCAAACCAGACUUGAUAUCCCAUUUUGAGCGAGGUGAAGAACCAUUCAUUAGAAAUCAUGGGAACUUAAUGAAAAGAAAAAUGGCAAUUAGAUGUAUUACUGAAAAGCAACAUGACUCAAAGAGUGCGUCAACACAUCUGUUAUGGGGGGACCAAAGAGUUGUGAAUACUGACAAGGAAGAAUGUCAUUUACAUGGUCUUCAAAGCCAAGACCCAUCUAGACCUUUGUCAGAUAAAAAGGCAGAGUUUUGUUCUAGACCUGACGUCAUGUGGAGGAGUCAGUGCAUGCAGGACACACUUCCCCAAAAGGAAAACCUCUGUAGCACUAAACCAUCCAUCCAGAGUGAGGGAGAACCAUAUUACAAAAGCCAAGAUUCACCUAAGGUCCAGGAAACUCCGCCAGAACAGAGAGUCUACCCCUGUCCUGUCUGUGGGAAAAGGUUCCAGGUGAAUGACCACCUGCUGAGCCACCAGAAGAGCUGCUGCCAAGACCAGCUGUGCAAAUACCCAAAGUUCAAGAAGAAAUUUAACAAGCCAUCUGAUCCCCAGCUACCCCAAAGAAUUCAUUUAAGAGAAAAACAGUUUCAAUGCAAGGAGUGUGAAAAGAGUUAUAGGCGCCAAGUAGAUUUGCGGAACCACCAGCUUGUGCACACAGGUGAGAGACCUUUUCAGUGCCCUGAUUGUGACAAGAGCUUCCGACAGAAGGGACAAUUACUCAACCACCAAAGUUUGCAUACUGGGGAGAGACCAUUUCAGUGCCCUGACUGUGACAAGAGCUUCCGACAGAAGGGACAAUUGCUCAAUCACCAGCGUCUGCACACAGGCGAAAGGCCCUUCCAGUGUCCUGAGUGCAAGAAGAGCUUCCGUCUGAAGGCUGUUCUGAAGGCCCACCUAGGAUUGCACAGCAGAGAGAAGCCAUUCUCCUGCAGUGAUUGUGGAAAGGGCUUCACCCAGCAGUAUAAGCUCACUGAACACAUGAGAGUGCAUAGUGGCGAAAAACCUUACCAGUGUCCUGAGUGUGACAAGAAAUUCCGCCUGAAGGCGGUCAUGAAAGCCCACCAUCGAAGGCAUAGUGGAGCAAAGCCAUUUUCUGAUUCUGGUCUUGGCAAAGGCUUUACCAAACCAUCUUUACUCAAUACCCACAUCAGAAAUCACAUGGGGGAGAAGCUCUUCAAAUGCCAAGAGUGUGACAAAGGUUUCUGCCAGAAGAGGGACCUUCUCACCCAUCAACUUACACACACAGGCGAGAAGCCCUUUCAGUGCCCUGAGUGUGAGAAAAGCUUCCACCUAAAAGCAGUCAUGAAGGCCCACCAGCGGUUACACAGUAAGGAGAAGCCAUUCACCUGUGGUGAUUGUGGCAAAGGCUUUACCAAGCAGUCUGCAUUCACAAUUCAUCUCCGAGUACACAGUGGGGAGAAACCAUUCAAGUGUUCUGAGUGUGACAAGACCUUCCGCCUGAAGUCUGUCAUGAAGGCCCACCAGCGCAAACACAGUGAGGAGAGACCAUUCACCUGCAAUGAGUGUGGAAAGGGCUUCAUUCAAAGAUAUAAACUUACCACUCACAUGAGAAUGCAUACUGGAGAAAAGCCCUUCCAGUGCUCAAAAUGUGACAAGAGUUUCCGUUUAAAGAAAUACCUCCUCAAACAUCAGGUUGUACACACUGGUGAGAGACCCUUCCAGUGCCCUGAGUGUGACAAGAGCUUCUGUCGAAAGGCUUACAUGAAAGUCCACCAGCGCCUCCACAGUGGGGAAAGGCCCUUCUCCUGUGGUGAGUGUGGUAAGGGCUUUGUUCAAAAGUAUAAACUCACUGAACAUUUCAGAGUACACACCGGUGAGAAACCCUUCCAUUGUGCUGAGUGUGACAAGAGCUUCCAUCAGAAAGGGCACCUGCUCAACCAUCAGCUUGUGCACACAGGAGAGAGACCCUUCCAGUGCACUGAGUGUGACAAGAGCUUUCGUCUGAAGGCUGAUAUGAAAGUCCACCAGCGCAUUCACAAUGGGGAAAGACCAUUCUCUUGUUGUGAGUGUGGAAAGGACUUCACUCAGAAAUCUGCACUUAAUACCCACCUCAAAUUGCAUGAUAAGUUGAAAUCCUGUAGUUCCCCAAGUAAGCCAGACAUUGAUCACAACAGUGCCAGCCAUUCAAUUCAUUAGUUUUGUUAGUGUUAAGACAGAAUGAGAAUCAGAAAAAAUGCAGCAGAACUGUGACUGGCUAGGAAAAUACAGCAGUGGGCAGACCAGCCCAGUGAAUGGAAGAAAUUUCAUUAGGAAUCACUUGUAGUUUGGAUCUCAGAACUUAGGAUCAGGACUUGGAAUUUGUAACCUCAAAAUAUGUUACUUUAUCUCCCAGAUAUACCCAGGCUACUAUUAGGGUCAUCAUACAACUUCUAAAAGGUGUGACAAUCUACCUUCUCAGCUUCUCAAUGGAGAGAAUAUAUUCCGCUGAAAAACAGCCAAUACAGCUUAUUGAGAAUGAACAAGUACAGAUGUUUUAACUAUAUGGACAAACAGAGAUGUAAAGUAUUAAAACCACAGAUUAGUCUUCAAGUGCAUCAAGAGGCUGGAUGGAUAUCUUUAUGGAAUAUGUAUCUAAAAGGUCCAAGAAAAUUAGAAUGUCAGUCUUGAAACAAAUAUUAGAAUAUUGAAGGAUUUGAAGUACUAGAGACUAGGAAUUAGUUUUGAGAUACUUUCUUAUUUAAGCAAAUAAAUCUACAUAUUGCAAGAGGAGGGACCUGGAAAAGUCAGACCUUCAUUUGCUCAUGUUGACUGAGAUGCUCAAAACUGUAGAGGGUCCUAGGAGCACCAGGGGGAAAAAAGCCACCAAGAUCAUACCAUCUUGCUGAGAAUGAGACCAGAAGGUAGCAGAUUCUUAAAAACUCUAAAUGAAGGCCAAAGAAAUAUUCCUUAAUAGGGAUUUCCUUAUGUCAUUAAAAAGAAUCGAAGAUAAGGCAAUGGGAGUCAAAGAAAAGAAGUCAAAGAUUCCAAACCAGAUUGAUUUCCAGUAUUAAAUGAAGAGAGGGGCUGUACCUCAAUGAUGAAGGAAACUCAGUAAAAACAGAAACAGCUCUGGUACUGAUGAGCAAUGGAAUUUGGAAUCCUUUGGGGAUAAAUAAAAUAGGAUUAUGACCAUGAAAUAUAGACCUAUUCCUUAAGAUAAGCAGGAGGCAGAUCCCUGUGCCUUCAGUAACAAUUGCAUCCCGUUGCUGAAGAGUCCUGACAUCGGUGGAGGAGCACAGGAGAUGAAGCAGAGCUACAAUCAGUCACCUGGAGAAAAUCUGGAGAACAUACUAAGAUGUUGUCCUUGCUUUUCUCUGAAAGUUCCAUUCAAAGGACUUAGCCUAAGGUCUUCUAAGUUUUAGUCCUAAUAUGACUGUAAGAGAAAUUGGCUGAGGGUAAUGAUAAUGACAGUCAUAAUACUUAGACUACCUACCUCCUCACAGGGUUGUUGUGGGGAAAGCACUUUUUAACAUCUUAAAGGCUAUAGAAAUAUGAGUUAUGGUAAAUAUGCAAAUACUUGUUCAUCGAUUGAUUGGGAAUAAUUGCAUUAUCUUUAGAUUUUAAAAAGCCUCUGGACGAAACUUUAGAAAACAGUCAUUGUUGUGUUCCUUUGUUCACUGCCCCAGCUGCUACAGAGUGAUCAUUUUUUGUGUUCUCAGACCAUUGAACGUGACAAAAUCGAGUUCCUCUACAGGGAUCAGAUACAGAGUAUUGUGGUGCCAGGUUUUAAAAGAAAUAAACCAAAUCACACAAAGAGGUCCUACAGCUCAGUGAAUGGGAAGCAGUCAUAUGAUCACCCUCUUGCUCCUACAGAAGGUGGUCCCAAUUUCUGUGCUAAAAUCCAAGGCCUGUUUCAGGUGCUGGUGUGAUUGGCAAGCUUGUUUAGUUUUAUUGUGUUAAUUAUAGUAAUAAACAAAGUAUCUCUGAAUCCCCAAAGUCUGCUUUUAUAUUUGAGGAAGGUUCAGCUUCCUUUUUGGGGUAUUAGAGUAGAGUUUUGUAGCUCUCAGUUGAUAAUUGCUAGGGAUUUCUGCAACCCCUAAUCAUUGUAUGGUGCUUGUAUAUGAUGGCAGUGAUUUCUGAAGACUAGAAAGCCUUGAAUGCUACUGGCAUAUUAAAUAUGGGUGUAAUACUGAAGCCACAAGAGCACCGAGUCUUCAACUUCCUCUUAAAAGGGCCAAAACAAAGCUUCAUUAGGGGGGUACAUUGUAUUGAACGAGCUCAACCCUGAAUUAGAACUGCAGCUGAGAAUUCUUGCUGAGCCUCUACUAGAGGCAAAUUUUUGAAGUCCACAGUUACUGUGUUGAAAUGCCUGUUCCAGUCUACCUCAGGGUAGGUUUCCAGGGAAGUGCUUUGAAAUAUAACACUGCACAGAAUGUAAGGCAUUAUCUUUAUUGAUUGUUCUUUAUUUGGGAAUUUUUCUUAGACUUCUACAUUAGGCAGG